CCCCCCUCCCCAUCGCCGUUGGUAGCGCAGCCCCGCUGCCUCGCACUGAGGUGCGCAACAGGAGGGCGUCUCCCCCCCCGGAGCUGCGGGCGCCGGUAACCGAGCGUUUAGCGGUGAUCGAGCGGUCGCGACCGGCGAGUAAACGCCCGCCCGCCCGCCCGCCCGCCCGGGGCCGGGCAUGUGCGGCGGGGCAGCGGGCAGAACGCCCGGGCAAGGGCGUUUGAAGGAAACGUGAGGCGGCGGCGGCGGUGGAGGAGGAGGAGGAGGAGGGAUGGACGCGGCACCGGGCAGGAGCCCCGAGCCGCGGGAGAAGCCGCCGGUGUUGGAUGGGGAAGCGACGGGAGCGGCCCCGGCUUCGCCGGUGGCGGCGGAGCAGAUCGUGGCGGAGGGCGAGGCGGCGGCGGCGGCGGCAGCGGCGGCGGCGGGGGGCACGUUCGUGCAGCGGCAGCUCGGGGCCAUGCUGCAGCCCGCCGUGAACAAGUUCUCGCUGCGCAUGUUCGGCAGCCACCGGGCCGUGGAGAUCGAACGGCAGCGGGUGAAGUCGGCCGGUGCCUGGAUCAUCCAUCCCUACAGCGACUUCAGGUUUUACUGGGACCUCAUCAUGCUGCUGCUGAUGGUGGGGAAUCUGAUCAUCCUGCCCGUGGGCAUCACCUUCUUCAAGGAUGAGAACACCCCUCCCUGGAUCGUUUUCAACGUGCUUUCAGACACUUUCUUCUUGGCUGACCUGGUGCUGAACUUCCGGACAGGCAUUGUGGUGGAGGACAACACGGAGAUCAUCCUCGAUCCUCACACCAUCAAAAUGAAGUACUUGAAGAGCUGGUUCCUGGUCGACUUCAUCUCCUCCAUCCCAGUGGACUACAUCUUCCUCAUCGUUGACCUGGAGACGCAGGUGGAUUCUGAUGUCUACAAGACAGCGCGGGCCCUGCGCAUCGUGCGCUUCACCAAGAUCCUCAGCCUCCUGCGCCUGCUGCGCCUCUCGCGCCUCAUCCGCUACAUCCACCAGUGGGAGGAGAUCUUCCAUAUGACGUACGACCUGGCCAGCGCUGUGGUGAGGAUCUUCAACCUCAUCGGCAUGAUGCUCCUGCUGUGUCACUGGGACGGCUGCCUCCAGUUCCUGGUGCCCAUGCUGCAAGACUUCCCCGAGGACUGCUGGGUUUCCAUCAACCACAUGGUGAACGACUCCUGGGGGAAGCAGUACUCGCACGCCCUCUUCAAGGCCAUGAGCCACAUGCUGUGCAUCGGCUACGGGCAGCAGGCGCCGGAGGGCAUGACCGACGUGUGGCUCACCAUGCUGAGCAUGAUCGUGGGCGCCACGUGCUACGCCAUGUUCAUCGGCCACGCCACCGCCCUCAUCCAGUCACUGGACUCGUCCCGGCGCCAGUACCAGGAGAAGUACAAGCAAGUGGAGCAGUACAUGUCAUUCCACAAGCUGCCUGGGGACACGCGCCAGCGCAUCCACGAGUACUACGAGCACCGCUACCAGGGCAAGAUGUUUGACGAGGAGAACAUCCUGGGGGAGCUCAGCGAGCCGCUCAAAGAGGAGAUCAUCAACUUCAACUGUCGCAACCUGGUGGCCAACAUGCCCCUGUUUGCCAACGCGGACCCCAACUUCGUGACAGCCAUGCUGACCAAGCUGCGCUUCGAGGUCUUCCAGCCCGGGGACUUCAUCAUCCGCGAGGGCACCGUAGGCAAAAAGAUGUACUUCAUCCAGCACGGGGUGGUCAGCAUCCUCACCAAGGGCAACAAGGAGACAAAGCUGUCUGAUGGCUCCUACUUUGGGGAAAUCUGCCUGCUGACGCGGGGCCGGCGCACGGCCAGCGUGCGCGCUGACACCUACUGCCGCCUCUACUCCUUGUCCGUGGAUAACUUCAACGAGGUGCUGGAGGAGUACCCCAUGAUGCGCAGGGCCUUUGAGACCGUGGCCAUGGACCGGCUGGACCGCAUAGGGAAGAAGAACUCCAUCUUGCUCCGCAAGCGAGCCGAGCACAGCUCAGGCCCCAUGAACAACGAAAUGAUCCAGCAGAUCGUGAAGCACGACCAGGACAUGGCGCACAACAUCCAGGACCUGCAGCAGAUGGCCAUGGGCCGGGAGCUGAGCGGCAAGCCGGUGAUCUGGGAGCCGCUGGUGCACGCGCCGCUGCAGACGGCCGCCGCCACCACCAACGUGGCCAUCGCCUUGACCCACCAGCACAGCCUGCAGGCGCACAUCUUCCUGCCGCCCGCCUCCAUCGCCAGCCCGCUCUCCCCCGAGGCCACGCUGCUCACCAGGCAAGUGCGCAGGUCCCAGCCCAGCCUGGGGGGCUCCCGGCCCUCCUCCAUGAGCUCCCCAUCAGCGCCACAGUCCCACCUCCAGACGCCCGCCGCCGGGUCCCCGUCCUCGCCCAUGGUGCAGCCGCUGGAGGGCGCGGGGCAGAGACCCAGCCAUGGGGUGCAGGCACUGCCGCGCGCGGCACCCAAGGGGGACCCACCGCCCGCAGCCAAACAGCCCCCGGCCGGCUCCCAGCCGCAGCUCUCCCGGUCCCGCGGCGCCUCGGUGUCCACGUCGCUGUUGCAGCAGGCAGCCGGGGCCCCGUCCCCCAGCUCGGAGCAGGCGCUGCCGCCCGGGAGAACGCUCCACUACAGCCUGUCCCGAGCCACCGGCUCCCACAUCUCGCUCCUGAUGCAGCCGCAGCAGCUGGUGAAGCACCGGAGCAUCCAGGGCCUGCCGGUGGGGCGGCUCACCCAGGACGUCCGGCUCAUCUCCGCAUCCCAGCCCUCCCUUCCCAAUAGAGUGGCCCAGCAAGCCGAUGGGAGCUCCUUGCAGCAGGGCAGGAAGUCCGCGGGAAGCCUGGCCCGCAGAUCCUCGCCCUCGGUUGCCGGGCUCCUGGCCAAGCCGUGCCCGGGGAUGCCAGCCCAGCCAGCACACUCGCAGCAGAUGCCUUCAGGAUCGCUGGCUCAACCCAGCCGCACCAUGGCCGGAGCAUCCACACCGCAGUCCCCGGUGUCUGCGUCCCGGCAAGCAGCAGGUCCCUCCCGCAAGGGCUCCGUGGCCUUCAGCCCCGAAGUGGAAACGGGGAAGCCCAAACUCCAAUCCAACAUGUGAGUCCCGGGUACAGGCAGGAGGGAGCCAGGCACCCCGGCGGCGCAGGCGGAGGGAAGACGAGGUGAGAGGCAGCACCGUGGCUGUGCACUGGCUGCUCUGGGUGUGGGGCAGCCCCUGGGUGACGAGGGGCCUCUGCCAACUGCCCCAUGGGUCCCACCCGGGCUCUCCCCUUGCUCCAUCACCAUCCACCCUCCUCCUGGAGGCAAUAGGAUGGGUCAGAGCCCUCACCCCGGCUCCUGGGGAGCCCGUCGCCCCACAACUGCUCCGUGGGGUCUGUGCCCCACUGCGCUCUGCCCUCGUGCCCCACUGCUCCUCCUUGGGGCCAGGCCAGCGCUGGUGGCUCCUCCAGCUUGUCCUGGCACAGCGGGGGCCACCACACACCCGCCUCGGUCCCCAGAAAGCUCUGCCAGCACCUUCGCUUUGGGGAGAGGAGGGAGAGGGCCCAGUGCUGGGGCAGAGUGAGGGGUCCGGAACCCAUGGCAGGAGCCAGGUCCCCCUCCCUGGGGCCCUGGACACAGUGCCCAGACCUGGGGGUCCCGGGCAGGGUCCCCCUGGGGUGAUGACUGCCAGGCAGCAGAGCUGGGGGCAGAUGGGUCUCUCAUGGAGCAGCCCCUGGGUGCCUCUCCCCAGCUUGGGGGAGCAUCUUGCCUCCAUCAAGGGGUCCGGGUGCUGUGACCUGGUCCCUUGCCAUGCUCCAUCAAGGGGUCCAGGUGCUGUGACCUGGCCCCUCGCCAUGCUCCAUCAAGGGGGCAGCCCGGGGGUGACCCCGCUGCCUGAGGGGAUGCUCAGCCUGGGCUCUGCUCCCUCCCUGCGCUGCGGUCCCGGUUCCAGGUGCCGCAGUGAGCAAAAGGGUGUCUGGAGGACAUGCAGUGCCCGGGUGAUGUGUGGGGCUGUGGAGCUGCCUCCCCUCACCCUUCUGGGUCUCUGUUUUGGGGGGCAGGAGCCUGGGUUCCCUAUGGCCAACCCACACCACCCUUCCGGAGCCGGUAGUCAGCAAUGUGUGUUCGAGCUGUGGCUCUGCCCAGCCGCUGAGCUCUGCUUACAGUAUCGCUUUGGGCCACCCGUGUUACCAGUCCUGGUUAGAGUAGUGUCCCCUCCCGUCCCCGCCACGCUGCGCAAGCUGCUUCCCACUACCGGGGUCAGGAACCAUGGCUUGUAGUUGUGCUCCGGGGCUUGGCUGCCAUCGAGCAGGGCCCCCGUGCAGCAGGCGAGGGUCUUGUUCCACGUGGUCCUUUCUCAAAGUGAGGUCUUCAGUUCUCCCCCCUCGUGUUUUGGGACGUCGGACGAUGCAGACCACAGGGCUGCUUGGGGACACCAGCCCGCAGGGCACGGCAGCCCGGCCGGGAUCCCGCCAGCGCGUCCAGCGGAGGGGAUGUCCAGCACUGCCUUCUUCCCAUGGACCUCAGCUCUUCCCUGCCCACAUCCCGCUCCAUCCCCAUGGUCGGUGUGUCCCCGGCAGCCCCUCGGGAAGGGGUCUGCAGCUGGGCCGUGUAGUCAGGCGUUCCCAGGCUGUGUGAUGUAGAUGUGUUAACCCAUCCUUAGGUGUCCGCGCAGAGCCCGCGGGCUAGCCCGGACGGCACCGAGCUCAGCUCUGCCUCCGCUGGCCGGUGCCACACCAGCGGCCAGAGCCACCCCCGGUGCUCCCCGGUGUGGAGGCAGGAGGGGCCGCCGGGGGUGCUGGUGUCUCUGCGGCGUGCGCGGGCACAAGUCUAAGCCACCAAAGACCACGAUCCUCCACUCUUGCACUCACGGCAGUCGAUGUACAGAGCUUGUAGUUUUCAUAUCGCAGAGGAUUUAAAAGCGUUUUUUUAUUUUUGGUCGUUGUACAUAAUGGAUUUAAAUAAUAAAGAGAGAUUCUGAGCUGGU